GCUCACUGGGUUCCCCUACCUCACAGGUGGAAAGAUAGAACUCAGAGAGGGUGAGAGUCUUCGCUUGGAAGAAACAGAGUAGAAAAAGUUACUUGUAGCAAUAAAAAUAAGGGCCAUUUUUCUCAGUCUUGCAUAACAGGAACAGUGCCCAGCACUUAUAAUCUUUUUAAGGGUCUUUGAAUAAACUGAGAAAGGAAAAUGAAAAUUGCAAGCUCCAAAAUACCAAAUGAAAACUGCAAAAUCGACAUUCCUGACCAUUUAAUUAAAUGCCUAUGAAACAUAACAUUCCUUCCACCAGCCAAUUGCAGCUCGAGUCUCCUGUAGUGAGCAUACAUUGUAUCUAAUGUGGGCGGUGACUUUAUUUUAAUGUGUCUGCAAUGACUGAGGGUGGGGUGCAGCCUUGGAAAGCAAGAGGACACAGCUUCGGCCUUAAAAUGGUCCUGCUCACCCCUUGGGGUCUGUCCUCGCUGUGUCUCCCGGAUACACAGGGGAGCUGGUGGUGGGAGGGAGGGGUGAUCUUAGCAGCAGUAAGGGCAUUUGCUGAGCCCUCCUGGAGCCCUUAUUCCAACCCCCCCCAAAGCAGGGUUGUCACCCCAUCUCUCAGAUGAAGAAACUGAGCCUCACAGGGGCGGAGUCCCUUGUCCCACGUCACAAUGGUAGUCACAGUGGUAGGAAGAGGAAGAACAGGGGUUGAGGCCAGGGCUGGCUGCCGUCAGAACCUAGGCCCUGCCCCGCCUUGCUCCACAUCUGGUUAGGAGAGAGAAAGGCCGAGGGAUCUAACUGAAAACAAACAAGCUGGGAGAAGUGGGAUCCGCACGCACCGCACCGCACCAGGGGUUUGCAGAAGAGGCAGUUGAGGUGGCCGAGGGACUGGAAGUCACUGGGCCCGGGUCACACAGCAGCGUAGGAACCUGGGGCCUGCCCUUCCCCCUCCAGGCCAUGACGAUUCUGCGAUUAAUCACGCUUGCUCUGGUGACAGGGCACGUAGGGGGAGAGACCAGGAUCAUCAAGGGGUACGAGUGCAAGCCGCACUCCCAGCCCUGGCAGGUGGCCCUGUUCCAGAAGACUCGGUUGCUCUGCGGGGCCACCCUCAUCGCCCCCAGAUGGCUCCUGACAGCAGCCCACUGCCGCAAGCCCAACUACAUAGUUCACCUGGGGGAGCACAACCUCCAGCGGAGGGACGGCUGUGAGCAGACCCGGACGGCCACCGAGUCCUUCCCACACCCGGGCUUCAACGACAGCCUCCCCAACAAAGACCACCGCAACGACAUCAUGCUAGUGAAAAUGGCGGCACCAGCCGCCAUCACCUGGGCCGUGCGACCCCUCACCCUGUCCUCACGCUGUGUCACCGCUGGCACCCGCUGCCUCAUUUCUGGCUGGGGCACCACGUCCAGCCCCCAGUUGCUCCUGCCCCACAGCCUGCGAUGCGCCAAAAUCUCCAUCAUUGAGCACAGGGAGUGCGAGGACGCCUACCCCGGCAACAUCACGGACACCAUGGUGUGUGCCAGCGUUAAGGAAGAGGGCAAGGACUCCUGCCAGGGUGACUCCGGGGGCCCUCUGGUCUGCAACAACUCUCUUCAGGGAAUUAUCUCCUGGGGCCAGGACCCAUGUGCUGUCACCAAAAAGCCCGGUGUCUACACAAAAGUCUGCAAAUACGUGGACUGGAUCCAGGAGACUAUGAAGAACAAUUAGAGAGAACCUGCUCACCACCGCCCAGCCCCCUCAAGCCGGUGAUUGGUUCCUGUUCAUUCUAAUAAGAGCCCCUAUGCCAGGACCCUAGUACCAACUUUCUUUGGGCCGCCUUGACUAUAGGCGAUGCUGCAGCAGCUUCAUAACCAACUUGGGGUUUGAAAUUGUUGAGAUCUGGAUUCAAAUCCUGGCUUGGACUAACCUGUGACUCUGGGAAUGACGACAGCUGUUUUUGUUCUAUUCCAUCCCCAGCCCCAAAGACAGUUCCUGGCACCCGUCAAAUAAACACCUUCAGAAUGAACAAAUCUGCUGAGUGCUUGCUCUGUGCCAGACCCUGGUCCAACGGCUUUUAAAUCUAUCACAAAACCCUAUGGGGUCAGUGCUAUGAUUGUACCCAUUUUAUAGAUGAGGAAACUGAGGCACAGAGAAACGAAGUCACUUGCUCAUGGUCACACAGCCAGGAAAUAGAAGAGCAAGGACCUGGUGCAAGGUGAUGUCUUACCUACCAAGUGAUACUGCCCUGAUUAAGGUUCAGUUUUAUUAUCUGUAAAAUUGUGCAUGCAAAAGUGUGGCAGCACAGCAAGUAAAUACAUCAGCCUGCACGUACUAAAACCUAACAAAAGGGAGCUAUCUUUUUUUUUUUCCAACCUCCAUUAAUUAGUUGAUGGAGACCCAUGUUGGCCAAUGUAGUAGCCACUAGCCACAAGUGGCUACUUAAAUUAAAAUUGCAUGAAAUCAGGAAUGCAAUUCCUCCGUCUGACUUGCGACAGUUGGAACGCUGGGUAGCCACAUGUGGCUGGUGGCUGCUGUGUUAGAUAGCGCAUAUAGAACAUUUCCAUCUUUUCAGAAAGUUCGAUUAGACGGCACUGAGCUUGACAACUUCGACAGAAGAUGCCCCUCAAAUAGCCCAGAACUCAGGACCUUUCCUGGCGUCCCACUCACCUUGCAGGGGAGCUGUCAGAGUGAGGAGCAAGAGCCCAGAGCUGGAACUCGGGCCUCCCGGUUUUUAGGUGGACUUGCUGUGUGACUUCCUAUGAGUCACUUCCUUCUCUGAGCCUCCCAUUCUCCACCUAAAAUGAGGGAGUUGGCAGAGGCAGAGUCAAUGCCCCUUUCAGCCUUGGCCUCCUGUGAUUCAUGGGCCCCUGUGUCACCCAGGGGCAGGCAGA